AGAAACUUAAGCGCAUCAACAAUAAUACCCACACUUAAAGACCAAUUUUUAACUAUUGAAUAUUGCUCUGCAUAGAAAAGAACCAAUUUCUGCCGAAGGAAAAUUGCGGCCACCACCUUCAGCUAAUUGGUUAUGAUAAGUUGUUGCAAAAUUGUUAGUUGCAGAAGGAUACAUCUCUUGUAGCUCCGACACUGCCUUCAACAGACUCUAUUUAUCAUGGGAAAGUUAUCGGCAUCCACAAGUUGUCAAGCAACUUCUUCUGAAAGUAUAACAGACAAAUUUAGUGAUCUUCCAGAUGAAGUUGCUCAUCUUAUCCUUUCCUUCCUCCCUUUCAAAGACCUCACUCGAUUGAGUGCCGUCUUGAAAAGAUGCAGACAAUUAUAUCCAUCAGUUCCGGGGUUGAAUUUUAUUUUCUAUGAGGAGGUAAAACCAAAACCCAACCAGGAUAUAGAGAUGCUGAUGAGUUCUUUGGAUAGAUACUUCUUCUCUCGUGGUGAUCAUAGGAUACAGCACUUCGGCAUGAAUUGGAAUUUAUAUCCAAACAAAACAGUACAGGAGCUUUCUAAUUAUCAUUUUCGAUUAAAUACGUGGAUUAGGAAUGCAGUAAGGUGUCAUGUUGAAGAGCUUGAUCUUCUUAUCUACCCGGCCUAUGGAUUUUCGUUGCCAUCUUGCGUCUUCCUUUCUCCAUAUUUGCGCUCUUUGUCAGUGAAUUUGGCUGGGCAGAUUUUGGAAGUGCCUUCCCUACCUUUUUCAUCUAAUAUCCAUGACUUGAAACUGUUUGGUGUUAACUUAGAUGAGAGGUUUUUUCAAUGGAUCUCAUGUUCUUGCAAAUGCAUCAAGAAGUUAGAUCUGCACAUUAUGACAGACACACAGAAUAUCACCAUCGAAAGUUCGUCUUUAGAACACCUUCAUGUUUUGAUUUUUCGUGACCUGCAUCUUAAUAUCUCUUGUGAGAAGCUUGAAACUAUAGAAAUAAAUCUAGGGCCCGAACGCCAUCGAGCAACAAGCAGCAAUUCACUGAAGAUUUUUGCUCCCAAUCUUAAAAACUUGCAAUGUAUAGGCAGUCCGUGGGGUAGCCAAAAUCUGGGAAAACUAAUGAGUUUGGAAAAAGUUGAGCUUUUUUUAAAGCCUCGGCCAAAUGAAAUUGACAAUGUAUUUGAAGCUCUUUGUAGUAUAUGCUGGGCAAGAGUUCUACAUAUAAGCAAGGACACCAUUAAGGCCCUUUUCAAGGAAGGUUCCAUGGCAGCACCAAUAUUAGAUAAUAUUUGUAACUUGAGGAUACAUUGUACGACCUUGGAAGAUGACCUUGUUCCGGCAGUUGUCUCUCUUCUUAGAGGAAUGCCUAAUUUGAAUAGUUUGUCCAUAAGGACUGUGAAAGGGCCUUGGAAUCCCGAACCAUCAAGUGGCUUUGGUACGGAAUAUUGGAAACUGCAAAACCUUGCUUUCCUUCAUCAGCUUCAAGAAGUAACCGUACAGUAUUCCGGCCACGGGUCUAAUGAAAUCGAGUUUUCAACGUACAGUACGGAAUAUUGGAAACUGCAAAAUUUGAAGAAAAUUGCCAUUUUUCUUGGCAGCGAAGAUGAGCAAUCAGAAGCUGCAGCAGGGAUGGUGAGUAGGAACAAGAUGAUUUCUACUGCCACAAUUAUCAUUCGGAGGAGGGAAUAAUCUUUGAUAUUUUUACAAGACUUUAUGUGUACCUUGAAAGGAUAUUUCUGUAUAUUUAUGAGAUAAUAUCUCCUUGCAAUUUA